AUGGCAAUGAUAAGUCCAAAUUCACGGGGCUCAGGCAAGAGACCAAGUGGUCAGAUGGCUUUGCUUUAUGGCUCUACUAGACCUCAUCUUCAAGUGUUAAAUAGUUACCUAAGUUCACAAGCCAAAGAUUGUAGAGAAAUCCAAAGAAAAAAUAAAAUAUUUACAUUUCCAUUCGUCGUGCUCUCUCGAAACAGUGAGGAAGUUACAUCAAGCUUUCAAGUUGUCAGUGACUUUAUAAGCAUCGAGGAGGAAGAAAUUCUGAUGAAAGAAGUUGAACCACACUUCAAACGACUACAAUACGAGUUUGAUCAUUGGGAUGAUGCUAUACAUGGUUUUCGAGAAAUUGAACGAGGAAGAUGGGUAAAAGUGCUUCGCCUAUUAGUCCACAUCUUAGAUUUGGCCAAAACUGGAGUCAUUAAACCUCAUGUAGAUAGUGUCAGGUUUUGUGGUAACAUCAUCUCUGGUGUGUGUUUACUUAGUGAUGCUGUGAUGCGACUUGUUCAUGUUAACAACAAAGACCAAGUUAUUGAUGUCAUGCUACCCAAGGGAGAGCGCUCUAUAUAAUGAGGUAAAAAUUUGUGUACAGUAGUCACACAAGCUGACAUUUUUUCUCAAUGAGGUAUAUGUAGUAUGAAAGAGAUACAACCAUUCUCAUCCCUGAAGUGUUCAUACAGAGUAAGCUUAUUAGUUCAUUAUUUAUCCCUUUUAUUACCUAUCUAACCACAGACCUUAUUGUUAGAGUAAGCUGACCUUAUA